AUGCCUCCUCUAUCUAGCAAGCGUUUGAGACAGCGCUCUUCUAACAAGGAACUACUUGAGCUAGUUAUGGAAUUGGCUGAGGAGCGGAAGUCAAAGUCCAAGUCAACCGCAGAGACAUCUUCCUCUAUGAGCAAGAGGAUCUCUCAGAAUAAACCUCCAACGUACUCAAGAGCUGGGGAACCUGCAUCUUUAGAAAGUUGGUGGCGAGAGUUUGAUAAACUUUUCAACGUGGUGCAAUGCCCUGAGAACUUGAGGGUAGACCAGGCUGCAUUCUACCUUCAAGAAGAGGCAGACUAUUGGUGGUCAAACGCAAGAGAUAGAGUGAUUAGUGAUCCCGAUAAUCCGCUGAGUUGGAAAGAAUUCAAGACACUGAUUCGAGAAAAGUCUUACCCACCACAUAUCAGGAAGCAAAACUCGAAUGAAUUUGCUAGGCUUGAGAUGGGCGAGAUGACCGUGGAUGAAUACUACAAGAAAUUCAUGGAAUAUAUCAAAUACUGCCCUGAUGACGUCCCCACCGAAGAAAAGAAGAUGCAAAGGUUCGAGUUGGGAUUGGUGAAUGAAGUGCAAUUUCACAUCGAUAGCGACAGAUACACCACUUUAGACGCUAUGUACCAAAGAGCUGCACAAGUUGGGAGCUUGAUUAAGAUGGGCAAAGGAAAAAGGCCUGAGAUGAGUAGUGUGGCAGCCACCAGUGGGGAGAAAAGGAAGGAGAGCUUUAUUCAGCAAAACAACUUCCUUAACAACAAGAGACAUCAAAACUUCAAUGACCAACACCUCGGGAAUGGUAGAAAUGGCAAGCCUCAGCUGGGAGGUUCCAAUGAUCGAAAGGUGAUCAAGGAUCGUCAUGGCAAGGAGAGGGUCUUCUUCUGCGCCAAGUGUCCCAACAAUCACCCAGGGAGAGACUGCAAUGGAAAUCUCGUGGAAUGCAAAUACUGUGGCAAGCUGGGACACCGAGAAUAUGAAUCUUUUGUAAAGCAUGGACAUCCAGCUCAACAACAUAGUGGUCCACAAAACUCCAGACUGGGAAAUUUCGGAAAUAACAAGAAUGGGAACGAUCACAGUGGUAGGAAGCAAAACCAUUAG